AUGCCCCGUCACGUUCAUCGCCAUCUGUUGCAGGUGCUUCGACGGAUUUGGUGCCGUCCCUGCUGAGCAUGUAUGACGCACUGGUGGCCAAAGUGAGCCGAAGCGACUCGGGAGUUGGGGAUGUGGACGAGUCCACGUCACAGGAAUGUUCCCCCAGCGAGGAAAGCGGGAGCGAUCAACGGGAUUCUGUCAUCAGCGACGACAGCAGCGGGACCGGCAGUGGGACUGGUUGUAGCAGCAGUAGCAGCAGCCAGAGCAGCAGCAGCAAGGGCGCUCCUCUUGUGACUUCGGCCCCGAUGGUCAGCAAGAAGGUGGCUCGAAGCGAGAGUUGCUACACGAAACCUCCGGCAGAGGGAGACGGCACUGGGAAGGUCCUAAGCAACAGUUCCAGCCUCUCCCACAGCCUUUCCCAGUGUGGAGGGGAUUUGAGACCUCUCUCCCUCACGUCCACGUCCUCGUCAAGUUCUUCCAGCUCCUCCUUCACUUCACAUCAUCACCACCGCCAGGCUCGUCCAUCGGCCUCAGUCCGGUCUUCCGCGUACCUAGCCAGUAUCGAAAGCCUCGCCACGCCUCCCCCAGAUCUCACAGAAGACGAGGAUGAAGACGACGAGGAGAAUCCCCAGGGCAAGACACACGGUCAGCGGAACUCCUGGAAUCCCUCCACCUCCUUCGCGCCUCCAUACUACUGUGACCCGAAUCUGAGCUAUCUGGAUCGAAUAAUUAUGGAGAUCAUCGACACCGAACGAGUUUACGUCAAGGAUCUUCAGGAAGUUAUUAGCGGAUACGUGGAUGUGAUGAAGAACAAUGAGGCUGUUCCCAUUCCUCAAGAGGAAAUAUCUGUCCUUUUUGGAAAUCUCGAAGACAUCUACAACUUCAACAAGGAAUUGCUGAGGGACUUGGAGGCAGCUGGAAUGGACGUGGCCCAAGUGGCAAGCUGCUUCAUGGAGAGCAAUUCAGGCUUUGCCAUCUACUCUCACUAUUGCAAUAACUAUCCCAAGUCCGUGUCCCUGCUGACAGAGCUUUUGAGGAGGGAAGAAGUUGCGAGCUAUUUUCGUACAAUGCAGUCCUCCCUUCACCACACGUUGCCCUUAGGGUCUUACCUCCUGAAGCCCGUGCAGCGCAUUCUCAAGUACCACCUCCUGCUGCAGAAUCUUGCCAAGCAUAUCAAUGAAGAGUUGGAUGGAUACAACAUAUUGGUGAACGCCUUGUCUGCAAUGACAGGCAUCGCUCAUCACAUCAAUGAAAUGAAACGGAAGCAUGAGCAUGCUGUUCGGGUCCAAGAGAUCCAGAGCCUCCUCUAUGGCUGGCCUGGAGAGGAUCUGACCCAGUAUGGAGAACUGUGUUCCAAUUUGAUGCUGAUAGAGAGUAUAGCAAAUGAGCCAUACAGCUUCCACCUCAUUCCCUUUGACAACCCUCGCAUGCAAUUCACUCUUCAGGCACGGAGUUUGGAGCAGAAACGGGAAUGGACUCUGCAGAUCAAGCGAGCCAUUCUGGAGAACUAUGAAGCUGUGAUUCCCACUCAUGCUCGAGACCUUGUUCUCCAGCUGGGACAGGAUAAAAAACAUGAGGAACCUGUUGGAAGCAAGCGAGUUAAGAGAAAGCAGCAUUCAGCUCCAGAAUACCUGGAUCGUCUUAGAUCAGAACGUCAGUCAAGUUCUGUGAAGGGAAGGAGGAAGUCUGACAACUUGCUGAGUCACUCAGCUAGUCGAAGGCAGAAUGCUAAACCAAACAUGUUUGCCAGGCAAGGCUUUGAAGAAACUCGAGACAUGUCAUGGAGGGUAUCAACACGGAGAAGCAUGGUAACAUUGAGUGCAGUUGGGAGGACCAUGUCACGCAGACUCAUCCAGAAUAUCAAGGAAGUCACAGAGAGGCAAGGGAAUGGUCAUGUUUCAAGGGAUUCUGAUGUCUCAACACCAGAUAACCCCAAAAAGUCAGAAGAUGAAGAGGAUGAUGAGGAGUCCUCUGCCUGUGAGACCAAUGUAGAUGACAUGGAGGAUAGCACACCUGAGUUUGAACAGUCCAAAGAUAGUGAAAUCUCAAGGACCUUAGAGACGAGUACUGAAGACUCUUGCCGAGACAAAUCUGUGGCCUCCAUCGUUGAACAGCUUCUCAUGCAGAACCAGGAGAUUAGGCUAAUGAUGCGGAAGCGACUCUCCAAAGGGUCACCACGCAAAGUUGGUUUACGGUUCCAUUCUGCCAAAAAUACCCCUGUGCUAUGUCGACAGAUGUCUGAGAUUACAUCUGAGGAGAUGAAGAAGCUGCAUGAAGAGACAGGGACAUCUGGAGAUGAAGAUGAUGCCCCACGUCCUUUUGUGCGAUCACAUUCCCUCGGAAGUGCCAAAUUCAAAGUCUUUCAAAACUCCUUGAAUGAAUGGAAGCAGAGGAAAGGGGAAGCACAAGGGUUUAAUCUGGAGAAGCGCCACCCAUCAGAGAAUGCUCUUAGGCAAACUGAGAGUUCUGAAAGCAAAGCAGAAGAGGCACCUUUAAGACGAACCAAUUCCUUCUCCAGCUGUGAAAAAGAGAAGAGUCCAGCACGAGAUUUGUACCUGAAGGCUGAGCAAAGUGUAAGGGAGGUGAAUGGGUCUAGCAGCAGUCUGUCACGAAGCAGCAUUGGAGAGAGUGUGCGCCAGCUCUUCACUCGACGCCUGGGCAAAGAGAAGGAGAAAGAAUGGCAAAGUUCUUCCACACUUACUGAGAGUAUCAAUGGAAAGAUUGGCCCAUCUCGUGACAGGUCUGAUUUUUCAAUCCAUCCCGAAAACCGGCUGUAUCGACCUCAGGUCUCCAGACAGUCCCUCCGCAAGAUUAUGACUAGCAUAUCCUCCAAAUUGUCAGGUCUGAGGAGCAACUUGAAUGGCAGCAAUGACAACCUUGGCUCUCUCAAUAGUUCCAUGGAUAACCAGAGCAUUAGUAGCAGUGAGGGUGAGAGGCAGACUAGCAGAAUCAUUCAGACCAUGGCUCGACAGUACCAUCUUGUCUUGAAAGAACGAAUUUCUCAGCUUUUUGAUGAGAAGGAUUCAUCAUCAGGUUCUUCCCAGAAGCAUUCACUAGAGCGGACAAACUCUGCUCUUGGUGAAAGACUGGCUAACCCUUACAAUUCUACUGAUUAUGCUGUGCCUAGACUUCUCAAGCACUGUCAUUCAGAGCCCAUCCAUAUAGGUUCCUUAGAAUCUUUGGACUCAGUGCUGUCCAGUGAAUGGACAGACAAGAAUUCGUGCCUUGAUGAACGUUCAUUGACACUCCAGAGCAACAGUUCCCAGGAACCUUCCCUCCACAAGGUCCCAAGUUUUGCUGAUGAUCUCUCCUCUGGCUCAGACUCUGAUUUCACACCAGAGGGAUGCUAUGAACAGUCUUUAGAUGCCUUAGAAAUUUUGGAUUCUGGACCCCUCAGAGACAGUGCUGUGUACAGUGACAUAGAGGAUGGAAGUGCCAGUUCCCAUACUGGAACUCUGUCACGACAGUCAUCUCAGCGCAAAGAAAAGAAGACAAUCGUCCGUCCCAAGCAGCCACCACCUCCCAUCCCCUGCAAGAAACCUGCAUCUAUAUCACCUAUAGUGUCUCCUGCUAAGAAAGCCAGUGCCAGCAUUUUGAGCAAGUUGAUGAUCUUGGAGGAAACCAGUCGAUUCUGCAAGGCAGAGUCCCUGAGUGCUUCUCUGGAGAACAUCAAAUCAAUUGGGGAGAGAAGACGAGAGCUGGAAUUAUGGACAAGUGGGACAGGGAUGGUACGGGAAGAUGAGAGUGAGACCAGUUCCCAGCAUUCCACUUCUACCAUCAACACAAUUGUGGAGAACUCAACAACUCAGAAUGCUUCUCCUCCUUUAUCACCCGAGUCCAACUCCAAGAGCUGGGUGCGGCACGUCAUCACCAAGCUUCAAGGCUCUACCAAAGAGGACUGAUACCUUCCUGGAAUCCUAUCCAUGUGAACAUAUACAGCAGCUCCUUUCACGAAUGCUUUUCCUCUCCCUGUGAUACUGAUCAUAUUGAUGGUCUUACUUCCCAAUCUUGCUCCUUCUGGACUGCUCAGUAUCUGGGCAUUUUCAUAAUGAUUCUCUUAAGAGUUUUUUUUUUUUUUUUU